AUGACCGGAUUCCUGAGACUACUGGCCUUAUUAUGUGCUGUUUCAAAAUUGAGUGCCCAAAUAUUUUAUACACCUAAAGAACUGCAAAAUGUGAAAAGAAACACUUUUUUAAUUUUUGGAGCCAACCAACCUCGCCCAACGAUAAGAUCGUAUCCUGAGCUCAUUACACCCCUGCCUCCAAAGGGUGAAAUUCUACAAGGUGGAGUCGAUGCUCCGAACUGCGAGUGUGUGCCCUAUCACAAAUGUGAUCCGGCAUCGGAUAGAGUAACUGAGGACGGCUCGUUUGACAAGUUCGGAUCGCAGAAUGUACGACAGACCCGCUGUGCAGAUAUAUUGGCAUUAUGUUGUCCCCACCAUCGAUUGCGUACAAAGACUUUGAAUCCCAGACCAAAACCAAAUCGAGGCUGUGGAAUUCGCAAUGUUGGUGGCUUGGACUUCGAUAUCAAGGGUGCCACACAGUAUGAAUCCGACAUUGGCGAAUUUCCCUGGACAGUGGCUAUACUGCAUUCUGGUAACUAUUCCUUUGCAGGCACACUUAUUCAUCCCCGGGUGGUUUUGACUGCUGCGCACCGGGUUCAACAAUGGCAGACGUAUACGGUUCGUGCUGGAGAAUGGGACUUCAAGUCCACCAAUGAGCGUCUUCCAUCUCAAGAGAUAGAGGUGGAAAGAGUUAUAAAGCAUCCCACAUAUAGUGAGAUCAACUUGCAAAAUAAUAUGGCACUCUUAAUCCUCAAACAAUCGUUCUCACUGGACGAUCAUAUCAAUGUGAUAUGCCUACCUGACCACGGAGCUGCUCCACCACCCACCUCAGUGUGCUAUGCCAAUGGAUGGGGCAAGGAUGGCUUCGGUGACCUGGGCCACAUUGCCAUAAUGAAGCGGCUGCCAUUGCAUAUUGUGGAGCACACCGAAUGUCAGGAUCGCUUCCGAAAAUCCCUUCUUGGACCAGCGUUCAGCCUGAGCACAUCCCUCUUAUGCGCUGGUGGCCAGUCAGCCACCGACAUGUGUCAGGGCGAUGGUGGCGGACCACUGGCCUGCCCCCUCGGAGAUCCGAGGGAAAAUCGCUACCAGCUUAGUGGCAUUGUGUCCUUCGGAAUCAGAUGCAACACCGAUUGGCCAGCGGCCUAUUCCAACGUGGCCUUAAUGCGAAAUUGGAUUGACCAGGAAAUGACUGCCAAUGGUUUCGAUAAAUCCUACUAUACCGCCUGA